GGAGCUGUCAGAGGCUCUGCUCAGGUGUGUGCGGGACAUUCAUAGACACACACCUGAUCGAGCAGCUCGCCAGGUCUCUCUCCCACUGGACAUGGAUAUUUGAUUGACCUUACAGAAGUGCGUGGACGCUUGAGAUGCAGGCCGUCACUGAUCCAGCACGCAGGUCUUUGGGGCUUUAGUCCUGGGCAGAGGGAUCCUCCUGACUGAGGGAGAAGCUGUGGGAUGGAGAUGGAGCUUUACCUGGGCUCUCUGGCCAACUUCACCAACACCACCGCCACCCCAGGGUCGGCCUUUGGCAUGGAGCUGCUGAUGGAGCGACUGGCUGUGGUGGCUCUGCUAGCGCUGUUGACGCUGCUGACGGCUGUGGUGAACGGGGCUGUCAUCGCAGCCAUCUGCACCACCAAGAAGCUCCACCUGCCUGCAAACUACCUCAUCUGCUCCCUGGCCGUCACUGAUUUCCUGGUGGCCGUGCUGGUGAUGCCCAUCAGCAUCCUCUACAUCACCACUGAGAGCUGGCUGCUGGGGCCGUUCGUGUGCGAGGCGUGGCUGAGUGUGGACAUGACCUGCUGCACCUGCUCCAUCCUGCACCUGUGUGUGAUCGCCCUCGACCGCUACUGGGCCAUCACUAAAGCCAUCGAGUACGCCCGCAAGAGGACGGCCCGGCGUGCUGGUGUCAUGGUGGCCACCGUCUGGUUCAUCUCCAUCUUCAUCUCCAUCCCGCCUCUGUUCUGGAGGCAGCGUGGGGACGGGACUGGCCCGCAGCAGUGCAUCAUCGAGCACGAUCACGUGGGCUACACCAUCUACUCCACAUUCGGUGCUUUCUACAUCCCCAUGACUCUCAUCCUUAUCCUGUACUCCCGGAUUUACAGCGCCGCCAAGACGCUGUACCAGAAGCGCGGCUCCUCGCGCUACCUCAGCAGUCGCAGCACUGACAGCACUAACUCUCUGAACCGCUGCCGUGUCAAGCACGCCUUCUGCGUCUCCACCUCUGACCACACCGCAGAGUUCGACCGCAACCACGCUGCCAUCCGUGCGCCGCUCGACAUGGAGACACCGGAGCUGGACGAGAGGAACCAGAUCUGCACGUCUCGGGAGAGGAAGGCGGCUCGGAUCCUGGGGCUCAUCCUGGGAGCCUUUAUCCUGUGCUGGCUCCCGUUCUUCCUGAAAGAGCUGCUGGUGGGACUGAAUGUGCCCAGCCCCUCGCCUCAGGUGUCCGAUGCACUCACCUGGCUGGGAUACAUCAACUCGCUGAUUAACCCGCUACUGUACACUAUCUUCAAUGAGGACUUCAAGCAGGCUUUCAAGAGACUGUUUAGGUGGAAGGAGCACACAUAAGCAAGCCCCUUUUACACAUAUUACCGGUAAAUUGCUGUAAAGAGAUCAUGUUUGAACAGGCUCAUUUUAAAAUUACCGGUAAAUUGCCAGAAUGAUGCUGUGUGUGAACACAGAAUGAAGAUUGCUGGUAUUAGCAGGAACCAGUUCAGAUUGCACUGACUGAAGACCAGUGUGGACCAGGGCAGGUUACUUUGGUCACAGAUUACAGAUUACGAGUUACCCUAUCUAAAACGUAAUAGUAGUGUAACUUCUUCAAUUACUUUAUUAAAGUAAUUUAACUGACUACUCUAAAUUUUCUAAUUAAUGUUUUCAACUGUUAAUCAUUUUGAAACGUGUAAAGCAGGCAGGGGAUAACCUUACAGCAGUGCUCUACACUGAUUACUGUCAGACUUUCACAAUCCUUCAUCACUUGAAAUGAGAUGAUAAUAAAGAAAUAACAUAUCUACAGGAAACACUGGCAUCUAGCAAUGCUUUGGGUGGGGGGCAGUUAAUUUAAGAAAGAAAGAAAGAAAGAAAGAAAAGCAUAUACAUCAACCCAAAUAUGCUUGUCUCAAAAGCAUGUGUUCAGAGCACGGUGAUGUAAGAGGUCUACUCCGGGCCCAUCUGAGCCAAUGAUUCAGACUCUGGGCCAGUCACAGCAUUGGUCUGGUUCGGUUUGAAGGUGUUUAAUACGAUGUCUCUGGGCCAAAAGCAGAAUGAAUGUGAACAUUUGAAACAAAAAUGAAAAUAUUAAUAAAAAAUGACCAUGCAUACCUUCCAUGUUUACAAACACAACACUGGGAGGCGCAGCCAUUUAGAGGACAUUUCUGUUUAAUGAUAUCACAGCACUUACUGGUGAUUUGAAACCGAUGUGUGAAUGGUGCUUUACCGGAAAAAAAGACAGAACACUGUUGCCUGUGUGAAAAGCACAUUUUUUAAUUUACAGGUAAAGUCGUUCCGGUAAUUUUACAGUAAUUUAAUGGUAUUACUGUGUGAAAGGGGCUAUGGACAUGCAUCUUUUCGUGGGCAGCGGCUUCACUGGGUUCAGGAUAGUCUGGAGCUCCAUUUGAGAUGGAUUCGUACAUCUCUCAUGAGUCUAGCAGCAGUAUGGAAAACAUUUUAAUAAAAUCCAAUGAAAAACCACUGCCUGCUUUUCUACAGCACAGUAUCAUCUGAUUCCUGAUCAAUGAUGUGAAAUGACUUGACAAGUGUACCAAUGCACUUCCUGUUCAAACAAGAGGUUUGGGUGGGACACAUCCAUCCUAAGGGCUCGUCUUGUGCUUUUUUAUGUAACCAAUAGGCUUCCGGUCAUGUUCAUAGAGGGGUGGAGACAUGCUCAUGCUAGGGAGCUUCUGAUUGGUCAAAACAACAUUUAAAAAACAUUUAAAUCUGCUUUUCAGGUAAAGAAAUACUAUAAAAUACUCAUAAUACUAGUACAGUUCAUGAACUCUUCCCCCACCAAACAGCAUUUUCCAGGUUUCCUCGUUCUCAUUGUUAUACACUAGGGGGUGCUAUUAUACCUAAAUUAUCUCCUAAAUGAGUCUAGAAUCACUCAAACACAAACACAGGUGAGGAAGCCGCAGGAAUGAGCAUCUUUUAUGUAAGCAUAUGCAUCUGAAAAACUUAUGAGAUCCUCAACACUAACUGCAUAUAAAUUAAAACUGCCUUAUGUUAGCGAGUGAAUUGUCAAUCCAGAAAGUGGUAAAGGCCUGGGCAAGCUUUGGGAGCCCUGAUGGAAGCCGUAUAUUUGCAUCUUUGGUUUGAUAAUGUUACUGAAUAUGAUCCAGAUGUAGUGUUUGAUAAAAUGAUUUUCUCAGCUUUUUUACUCAAAAUGUUGCUUUUUAUGAAACCUACCUACAUUUAGGUGUUGAUAAAAAACGUAGUUUGAAAGUAGAGGGUCUGAUGUUUAAUGUACUGCAUGUUCAGAUAACCAUGCAACAAAAUAUU